UUCUUUCCGUAUGGAGACGCUUCGAAGUUUGCCCAGCAUGCCUUCCGAACCUUUGAUAAAAACGGAGACGGGACCAUCGACUUCAGAGAGUUCAUUUGUGCCCUGUCCAUCACCUCGCGAGGCAGUUUCGAGCAAAAGCUGAACUGGGCCUUCAACAUGUACGACCUGGAUGGCGAUGGUAAAAUUACAAGAGUGGAAAUGCUGGAAAUUAUAGAGGCCAUCUACAAAAUGGUGGGCACGGUGAUAAUGAUGAAGAUGAACGAGGAUGGCCUGACGCCUGAGCAGCGAGUAGACAAGAUCUUCAGUAAGAUGGAUAAGAACAAAGACGACCAGAUCACACUGGAUGAGUUCAAAGAAGCGGCAAAGAGCGAUCCUUCCAUUGUACUACUCCUGCAGUGUGACAUUCAAAAAUGAGCCCCCGUGCAACGUGUCAUAGACUGCACAGAAGUUUAAUGUUCCAUUCAGUUUGCAGCUAUUUCCACACACACACACAGAUUUGCUUGGACUACCUAUAAAUGGACUCGCUUCUUGUGUUUGAAACACUCGUGUGCAUGAGAAUGUCAUUUGCUAAAGAAUUUUAAAAAGUAUAUAUUAUAAAAAUAAACUGCCACAACGUGACGUGUGCAAUGUCAUUUCGUACCGACCCUGUUCCUCUGAAGCCUGUGCAGCAGUCCUGUGCUGCGGUGAAUUCUAUUAUUUAUUGUUCCUGUUUGACCGAUGCUAGCUCUGUGUCUCCUAGGCUGCGUGAUGUUAGUGACACUGAACUCCCACGGUGAUGUUAACUGUUUAUUAUAAACCAGGUCGCCAUUCUGCUGUAAAGUAGUACUGGACAGACAGAGGGGAAGAGUUCCUCAGCUCUUCAGUCUGAUCCACACAUGUGCUUGUGUUGUCAGUGGAUAUAAAUGUACUUCAUUUGCAUGCCUUUUAGGUUUGCCUUAAUUCUUACCUCAUUUGCAUCCCUUCAAUCCGGAAAGAGCUAUGUCAGAGGAAUGCGGUAUA